AUGCCCCAGCGGGUAACCCUGCCCUGGCAGUCCGACAUGCAGCUGGCCGGCAAGCUGGUCCUCUCCGCCACCGCUCUGCUCCUCCUGACUUUGGCAUACAGGUUUUAUAAGUCCCGCUCGCUUGCCGGGGGCAAAAUCCCACCGGCCGAUGCGGGAGGAGAGCAGAGGGAAAACGCUGCCCGGGAUGGGGAUGGGGACGGUGCGGCAGGUCUGCGGCGGAGGAGGCCGGGAAGUGAGCCGGGAAGCAAGCUGAGCUCUUAUGACCCUGGGGAGGCGGCUGAAACACUGAGCAGCUGCGGGGAGGAGGGCACGCUUGCCCCAAGCACCGGGCUUUCCCCCAGGAUUGCUAAUGCCCAGAUGGCAGGUGACAGACGCGCCCAAAGCAUGGAGCAGGAUUUGUCCAGUGGAGGCAUGAGCCGGGAGGCCGAGGGACGCCGGGGGAUGAUCCAGACCCUCAGCGUCACCUCGGACCUGGGGCUAACAAUGAAGGCAAGCAACGCGGGGUCAGACUCCUCCUACUCUUUCUCCUCGGUCGCAAGGAUCCAGGUGGAGGAGAACUACAUCGCCAAGCGGUGGGCGAAGGACGGGGCUGGGAAGCCAGUCCCCGCAGGCAAAGUCUAUGACUACUAUGUCCAGUCCAUCUCCCAGUCGGUGUCGAAGAAGAGGUGUCUCCCCUACCUCCCUUUGAGAACAUCCUGGCAGCGCAGCUCGGAGCGGGUCAAUGAAGAGCUGCAGAGCUUUGCAACCCAGAACCCGGACCCAGCUUCGGCAAUACAGGAUCCCACCACCUCCUCCAUAGUUCCACCACCUACGGGGAGCUUGGAGAUCUCCCCUGAGCCACCAUCUCCUGGCCGCGAGGACAGCAUCCUCCAGAUUGCUGACAGCCCCCACCUCCAGCUGCCCACGGAGGGUUUUGGGGUCACGGUGCCAGCUGGCACGCAGCCUGCAAGCCCCCAGCCAGGGCUGGUGGCCAGUGCUGACCUCUUCCAAAUGCCACCACCUACCCACCUGGACCUAGGGAACUGCUACGAGGUCCUCUGCACAGCCAAGGCGCAGAAGCUCGGCCACCUCCAGGAGGCCGCCUACAAGCUGAUGAGUGACAACUACCUGCAGGUGCUGAGGACACCGUCCAUCUACGGCCGCCUCAAUGCUGGUGAGCGGGAGCUCAUCCUGCGGCAGAGGAUGAAGGGGAAAAUGUACAUGGCCGUGGCGGACAUCAACGUGCAGGAGCCCGGCCUCCAUACCAGCCGCCUCUGCUACUACGAUGACGGAGGGGACUGCUGGCAUCACCUCUGCCACGUGCCACCGGAGGUGGUCUCCCGGGGGUGCGCCAUGUGCAGCAUGUUCAACUACCUCUUCGUGGUGGCCGGCUGCGAGGGCACGGGCCGGACACAGAAACCCUCCAACCGUGUCUUCUCUUAUGACCCCCUGACCAACAUCUGGAAGGAGAUCUGCCCCCUGAACCAAGCACGGCCACACUGCAAGCUCGUGGCCUUGGAUGGCCACCUCUACGCCAUCGGCGGCGAGUGUCUCUACACAGUGGAGCGCUACGACCCCCGGCAGGACCGCUGGACCUUCACCGCACCCCUGCCCCACGACACCUUCGCCGUGGCCCACACAGCCACGGUGUGCAAUGGGGAGAUCUACGUGACAGGGGGCACCUUGCGCUACGUGCUGUUGCGUUACGCCGCCCGCUCGGACAGCUGGGGGGUCAGCCCGGCCGGCGGCAGCAAGGACAGAACGGCCGAGAUGGUGAGCGCCAAUGGCUUCAUCUACCGCUUUGACCUCCACCGCAGCAUGGGCAUCGGCGUCUAUCGCUGCAGCGCCAAGGCCAAGCUAUGGUAUGAGUGUGCUGCCUACACCAUGCCCGACCUGUCUGGCUUCCAGUGCGCCGUGGUGGGCAGCCUGGUCCACUGUGUCGGCCGGCACUUCCACAUACGUUUCUUGGCCGACCACAUCGCACCACGCUUUGGGACGAAGGAGCUGCAGCCCUUCCCAUCGCCCCGCGGCAGCCUCCUCCCGGCCGUCCUGGUGUUGCCAGAGGGACGGACAGCACAAACACAGGUUUGA